UCGUGCUAUAUACACUCAGUCAUGUCUAUCAAGCAGGUGGUACGGUUGUUAUUUGUCGCGAUUUUGUCUUGUUUUUAUUCCAGUCUUGUUCUCAUAUCGUUUUUAUUCCGUCCAAAAUGGUUGUUCGGUGGAUUUUUCAAGAAACCAAAGUCUGAUAAACCCCCUGAAUGCCUAAACGACCCGGAUCUUGGAACCCACGGCUUUGUACAUUUGGAGGAGGUUCGAAUCCACUAUGUGGCAGCUGGAACUGAGGGGAAGCCACUCAUGCUUUUGGUCCAUGGAUUCCCGGAGUUCUGGUACUCAUGGCGAUUUCAGCUCAGAGAAUUCUCCAAAGAAUACAGGGUUGUUGCUGUUGAUCAAAGAGGUUAUGGAGAAUCUGACAAGCCAAGUGGCAUUAUGAACUACACAACAGACAAGCUUAGUCAGGAUCUCAAACAGCUUAUUCCAGCUCUGGGCUACAGAGACUGUAUAUUGGUUGGGCAUGAUUGGGGUGGCGCAGUGGUCUUCAACUUUGCCAACAAGUAUCCAGAGAUGGUGAAGAAAUUGAUUGUGAUGAAUGCCCCACAUGGUGCAGUAAUGUUCAAGGAAUUACAGACCAGUCGCAAGCAAUUCCUCAUGUCUUGGUACAUGUUUUUCUUUCAAAUGCCAUUUUUGCCUGAGUUUAUGUUGAGCCAUGGUCACUGUAGUUCAUUAGAUAUGAUGUUUCGAGGAAAGGACAAGAAAAGGAUCAAAAACUGUACUGAAGAAGACAUAGAGGCAUACAAGUACAAUUUUGCCAAGAAAGGAAAUGGCUUCACUGGUCCAUUGAACUACUACAGAGCAGCCAUGAGGAAACCUUUUGACAAAAGCGUCUUCAAUCCGAUAGAAGUCCCAACACUUAUUAUCUGGGGGGUGGAGGACAUUGCCUUGAACCGUAGGCUGCCAGAGCUUGGUAGGCAGUAUAUUAAAGACUGCACCAUUAAAUAUAUUGAUGAAGCCAGCCACUGGGUACAGAUGGACGGUUAUGAGGAGGCCAAUAAGUACAUCUGGGAGUUUGUUAAGGCUUAGAAAUUUCUUUUUUUGCCAUUAUGCUGAGGUAUGUGUGUAGGUUUUUUUUUUACCCCCACACCAACCGUAAGUAAACAACAUGUUAAUAAAAUAUAUACAAAUGUGUAUUGUUCUAGAAUUAUUUAAUAUAUGUGAAUGUGAUUAGAAUUGGAAUUAUCAUUAAUUAGGAAAAAUUAACAUGGCAUUUUGUACUUGUACAUUGUAAGAAAACUUCUAAAGUUUGGUGCUACAAUAUUUCAUCUACACUUUAUCCUUUGAAAGGUGUUAGGCCAGUUGGGGUUUAAUGUGACAUGGGGUGGUCUAUGACAAGGAUGUAUGAGGAAGACCUAGCUGCAUGGCUUACGUACUUCUUUGAUUUCAUUUAGAUGCAUCUGUGAUUGAUGCUUGCAUAAUUAAUUUAAUUAUCUACUCAAUUCUUUUAAAAAUGAGUUUCUGAAAAAGAAAUAUUGAAACCUUACUAAGUCCAUCCUUUUAAAUAAAUAAAAAGAACAUUUAGCACUAUAGUUUAUGAUAAUUUCAAUAUUCUGGUAAAUGAAAGUUUGGAUGAUGUUAAAUUUAUUGGGCUUUGCUAGUUUAUAAUUUGAGAAGCUUUUAGAAGAGUAUUCUGAAUUUAUGUACAUGUAAGUCAUUACACUGUAGCAAGAGUUGCAAGGUUCAAUAUUAGUAAAAUAUUCACAAAUAAACGUGUAGCCAGGGUAGUAUGAAUUAUAUAAAAUUGUUCUUGUCUUAUAUAAAAAAUGAAGACAAAUUUUUCUAUGCAUUUAGUCUUCCUGUUGUUUUUCUUAAUAAAUUUACUUUUUGGAAUAAUUUUAUGCAAUAUUAAAUCAAGGCAUAAACAUAUGUGUGUAAACGAAGUUUUUCUGCAGAAACUAGGAAUUUUUAAUAAUUGUAUAUGUAAUGAUACAUUCAUGUAUAAUUUUUUAAGUCACUUUCUGUUUUAAAGUAUAGACAUAUAUGCAUGUAGCCAACAGAAAAAUAUCGUUUUCUUUUAAUGUUACAUGUAUCCAUGUUUAUAAACAUAUAAAAUGUUGUUAUUAAAUAUUUUUAUAAGUAUAUACAUCGUACAUUGUUGUUUUAGAUUUUUUAGAUCGAUUUUACUUAGAAAUGUUAGAAUUCUUUGGGGAAAGGCAGGAGACCUGAAUAUAUUAUUUGUAGAAGUAUUUAUCAAAUAUAUUGCACAAUCACAUUUUAUCAGCCUUUCUUGUUUGUUACUCUUUAGUUGAACAAAUUUCCAGGGAUGUAGCAAAUGUUACAAUUUUUAGGUCACCUGAGUCACUCAGGUGACCUAUUGCUAUCUGUUUUCGUCCAUCGUCGUGCGUCGUGUGUUAACAUUUGAACAUUUUCAGCUUCUUCUCUGAAACCGCUGAACCAAUUUCAACCAAUUUUAGCAGAUGGCAUUUAUGUGUGAAGGGGAACAAAAUUUGUGAAUAUCAUGGUCCCUGCCCCCCUGGGGCCUGAGGGGUGGGGCUAAAACCACCAAAAUUAAUGCAAUCUUUAAAAAUCU